GCUAGGGGGGGGAAAGCCGCGAACCGGUGCCAGGGCCUUUCGGCCGGGAGGCGAGACAAGCAGGCGAAGUUGAUGCCCGGCGGCGGGGUGAGCACGGCGUCUGGCCGGCUCCACUCCGCAGCGGAUCCAAGAGGAGCGCGGGAAGCGGCCGCGACGUUCCGGAGCGGCCCCGCGGGCUCGAGCGGAGGCCGAGGCGGAGCAGGUGGCUCCGGGCCAGGGAGUGGAGGCCCCGGGGGGCCCGCGGGCAGGAUGAGCCUGACCCCGAAGGAACUCUCGAGCCUGCUCAGCAUCAUCUCCGAGGAGGCGGGCGGCGGCAGCACCUUCGAGGGCCUCUCCACAGCCUUCCACCACUACUUCAGCAAGGCCGACCACUUCCGCCUGGGCUCGGUGUUGGUGAUGCUGCUGCAGCAGCCGGACCUGCUGCCCAGCGCGGCGCAGCGUCUCACGGCGCUCUACCUGCUCUGGGAGAUGUACCGCACCGAGCCGCUCGCCGCCAACCCCUUCGCGGCCAGCUUCGCGCACCUGCUCAACCCCGCGCCGCCCGCCCGCGGCGGACAGGAACCCGACCGGCCCCCGCUCUCAGGGUUUUUGCCUCCUAUAACUCCACCAGAAAAGUUUUUUCUUUCCCAGCUGAUGCUGGCACCCCCAAGGGAACUCUUCAAAAAGACACCUCGCCAGAUCGCCUUGAUGGAUGUUGGAAACAUGGGGCAGUCCGUGGACAUUAGCGGCCUUCAGUUAGCCUUGGCAGAACGUCAGUCUGAACUGCCAACCCAGAGUAAAGCUAGCUUCCCAAGUAUCCUCAGUGACCCAGACCCGGAUUCCUCUAACUCUGGAUUUGACAGCUGCGUUGCCUCUCGGAUCACAGAGUCUUUAGUUAGUGGACCAAAACCGCCUAUUGAAAGCCACUUCCGACCAGAGUUCAUCCGCCCACCACCACCUCUCCACAUUUGUGAGGAUGAACUGGCCUGGCUAAAUCCUACAGAACCCGAGCAUGCCAUUCAGUGGGAUAAAUCAAUGUGUGUUAAGAAUAGCACUGGUGUGGAGAUCAAGCGAAUCAUGGCCAAAGCCUUCAAAAGCCCUUUAUCUUCUCCCCAACAAACCCAGCUCCUUGGUGAGCUGGAAAAAGAUCCCAAACUUGUUUAUCAUAUUGGCCUUACUCCAGCGAAACUUCCAGACCUUGUGGAGAACAACCCUUUAGUCGCUAUAGAGAUGCUGCUGAAACUAAUGCAGUCGAGCCAGAUCACGGAGUAUUUUUCUGUCCUGGUCAACAUGGAUAUGUCCUUACAUUCAAUGGAGGUCGUAAAUCGACUAACUACAGCUGUUGAUCUACCUCCUGAAUUCAUUCACCUUUACAUAUCAAACUGCAUCUCUACUUGUGAACAAAUUAAGGAUAAAUAUAUGCAGAAUCGCCUGGUGCGUCUUGUAUGUGUGUUUCUCCAGUCGUUGAUCCGCAACAAAAUUAUUAACGUGCAGGACUUGUUUAUAGAGGUACAGGCCUUCUGUAUUGAAUUUAGUAGGAUACGGGAAGCUGCAGGCCUCUUCCGGUUGCUGAAGACACUGGAUACUGGGGAAACCCCUUCAGAGACCAAAGUAUCAAAAUAAUACCUCACCAGAACUUUCCCUUCUGUUGCUCAACUGUAUUUGGAUUGGUUGUAUUUGGAUUGGUUUUUAAAACUGUUCAACUCUUGAGUGGAUUGCUUGCUUUAUCUAAGAAAUAUAAAUGACACUAUUUACUUAA